UAUAAGAAAGUGAAUAUACUUGCAUCAACGAAGGCAGACUUGCUUUUGCGUUUUCUGUAUGUCUAAAUUGAUUGGAUCAUACAGUCAACAAAUCCGCACUUGAAUAUUUUAGUAUAAACAUCAUUUUUUAGUUUGCAAAUACUGAGAAUAAAGUGAACACCGUCUAGCUUAGCAAUGUGCAGCCAUUUACACUAUUUGAAUUGAAACAGAGAAUCUUUGCAUGAUUUGAAGAAAUAAAACUUAAAGGCAGAUCACAAUCAAGUUUAUGAUCUUUGGGACGCAUAUUUCCCAGAAGCAUUGCAAUUCUAUGCUGCAGAGUUGUGAUAAGUGGUAGAGAAGAAUGAAUAAUGCAAUACAUUUCGCGAUUUUUUUUCUGAACCUUACCUAUGGAGUGUUGAGUGGGUUCUCCGGUGUGUAUGUGGAUAAUGGAGCAGGACAAACUGUGAUGGAUACGAUGAUGACUAGUGAUGAUCAACUGGAAAUUGAACAUGAAAUAUUGGAGCUGCUAGGACUUCCUGAAAGGCCUAGGAAGCGUCACUUACAUUCGUCGAUCAGCAAAUCGGCUCCCCAAUUUUUGUUGAACGUAUACGAUAAGCUCUCAUCCGAUACAAAUGGUAAUCAUAAUCGCCACACUCGCAGCGCUGAUUACAAUGAUGUUUUAUUCACCGAUGCUGAUAAUAAGGCGAUUGAUCAAAGUGAUAUAAUAAUGACAUUUUUGAAUAAAAAUCAUCAUGUUUCGGAGGUGCGACACGAAAAAGGACGACGCCUAUGGUUUGAUGUUAAUGAAAUUGAAAACGAUGCAGAACUGAUCUUAGCUGAACUACGGUUGUACCAGAGACAUGACCUGAACAAAUAUGGACAUAAUAAUGACAACAUUACAGUCGCCGUCUAUUCAAUCAUUAAUUUGGAUGGUGAAAAAGAGCUUUUGAAAAUAGCAGAAGUCGACCUACCGAAUUAUGAUGGAUGGAUCGAAUUGAAUGUGACAAAUGCAGUCAUGCAAUGGACGUCCAAAAAAUCAUCCAACAAAGGAUUAUAUAUAGGAGCCUACAUAAAAAACCGGCCUGAUAGAGAAAUAAAAUUGGAUGAAAUUGGCUUGGUAAAUGCUAGAGGCGAUGAUGAAUAUCAACCUUUCCUAGUUGCUUACUGUAGGGGUUCUCAGACUGUGAAGCCUGUACUACACAACCUUUCAAGAAGCAAACGCGAAGGAUCAAAGAAACGGAAAGUUAAGUCAGAAAAUCGAAACCCAUUGAUCGAGAUACCUAUAGAUCACCAUAAGAGUUGCCAGAUUAAAACACUCUAUGUGAGCUUCAAAGAUUUGAACUGGCAGGACUGGAUUAUUGCACCCGAGGGGUACGGAGCAUUUUUCUGCAGUGGUGAAUGCAACUUUCCAUUAAAUGCCCAUAUGAACGCCACGAAUCACGCGAUUGUUCAAACGCUUGUACAUCUGAUGCAUCCCAGUAAGGUUCCCAAACCGUGCUGCGCGCCAACCAAAUUAAUUCCUAUUUCAGUGCUUUACCAUAUAGAUGAAUCCAAUGUCAAUUUGAAAAAGUAUAAAAAUAUGGUCGUCAAAAGUUGUGGAUGUCAUUGAAUGAGCUUAAUUCAAUUUCAAUCUAGAAUAGGGUAACUGUACCAGUAUUGGCCAUGUUCUUAAUUUGGCCAGUUUCUCUCCUAACUUCAAAAGUAAAGCAAUUUUUAGGGUUUUAUUAGCUCUAACAGGAGAUAUUCCCUUAUCUUUCUUCGCUGUUGAAUCUGAUCUAUUUUUUUUUUGGAAAAUAUGCAUUUUUAAAGAUUGGUCAAAUUAGGCACUAAGGUGGCCAAAACCGGUACAAUUCCCCUACGUUUUGUCUAACGUAUUGCCAAUAUUGCAAUAGUACGAGUGCCACACGUUUCCUCCACAACGCAGCGGCUAUUGGAAUACACGUAACAUUUGAAUUUUAGGAUAAUUAGAAGACAUCUGUUUUAUAACUUGAAGGCAUCUCUUUGCGAAAAAGAUCUAAUUCUUAAAUUAUGUGUAUUCUUUAGUACGGAUUUCUACAAUAUAUAAUAUGGAAACAAAAUGUGCCUGCGUGGCUGCAUGAAGAAAUAUAUUUAUUCAACAAUGGAUAGACGAUCGAGCAGUGUUGAGAAUUGUCAUGUUGGUGUCAUGGGAUUCCUAUUGCUAAUUUGCAUUUUUUUUUUUGUCAAAAGUCAUUUACUAUUCGAGAAUUUUAAUGAUUCUGCAACGCUGGACAACUUUUGAAUAGUUAUUAGCGAAUUUAUUAGCAAAUUAGUCCCAUGACAAGAAAGUAUAUAUAGUAAAAUAAUGAAAUUAGUAUACAACAACUGAUCAGAGUUGUCAGGUUUAUGUACAUCAAGAACGCAUUGAGUUACAGACAUCGAGGUAUCGGUGAAGAAAUCAGGUCUGAGGGCCGAUUUCUUCACCUCCGCUUAGGCCUUAAACCAGGUUUAAACGUAUGGGUAAGCACCGCUUAAGAGUUAAGCGAAGGUGAAGAAAUUGGCCCUGAGAGAGACAAAGUACCCAUUAAUAAGUACGUAAAUUAAUUUAUCUGUGUGGCUCUUUUUUAUAAAUGCAGCACAAAUACAUAUUCAUUCGGAAACACAUACUGAAUCUUACAUACGAGAAACAAUAUAUCAGGAAGAUUACAUUAUUAUAAGUAAAAUUAAAUACUCCUGAAAUUCACAUUGGAUUUUAGAAAAAAUCGAAUGAAACUCACAAAAAAAGUCUUCCUAAAAAUAAUAACAAUAAAAACGACUUAAUUUACAUUUUUUCGCUAUUGUAUAUGAUUUAUUUACUAGGGUUAUGUUUAAUUUUGUCUUAAUUGCUACGUUUAGAUUAGGCAAGUGAAUUGAUCAAUUCAGAUGAAUUUAAUUGACUGAUCAAAAGGGGAACGUGCCCAAUUUUCUCCUUGUUCAAGUAAGCUAAAAAAGGUUAGUACACUCUACAAGAAAAUCACAUUUCUUCAGGCAGCCAGUGUGGCCCCUUAAACGAAGGUUUUUUAAACGUCUAAGUCAAGCGACUUGCUCAAUUUGGUUCCCCCAAACAUAUGCGAUGCGACAAUUCCGACGUGAUUCUAUCGCUUGGCGACUGCGAUUCUGUCGCCGUCAAGGGCCCGGUACGCCUGUCACUGGCGAACAAAGAUCGUAUACUCUGCAUCGAAGCUUAGAACCGGUGUUAGGGCGCAAUCGUUUAUAUUCGGUUAGUUACUGCAAAUAAAUUCUUUUUCGAGUCCCUUUAAUCAAGCAUGAUUGAGUUUUUGAUAAAAUAUCGAAUAAAAAAAGUGUGCAUAAAAAUUGCCUCGCCAUAACAAAAAGGUGGAAGAGAAUUAACAGUGUUGUUUACAUUUUAGAACCAAAUCCAGAUGUCGUACAUGUCGGAGUAGGGCUUCAGUGCUCCGCCUUCUCGCCCUGGUAGCCGCUGGUAUGGGGCCGUACACAUAUUACGUAAGCACUUAUGGGGGGAGGGGGGGUCUGUCGUUUUCUUACGAACCAUAUAAAUUAAAAAUCAUUUGUAUGAAAAAAAACUUACAUGGGGAGAGGGGGAGUUGAAAAACCCAGAAAAAAAAUGCUUACGUAAUAUGCGUACGACCCCUAUGGAAGCGCAAAUGAAACAUUGCCUACAGCGAGCCAACGAUAGAACCGCGGCGAUUAGUUGUCGCUGUCGCGGCGAUGGAAACACUUAGGGAUCGUACACUUAUUACGUAAGCACUUAUGGGGGGAGGGGGUCUGCCAUUUUCUUACGCGCCAUAUAAAUAAAAAAUCAUUUGUAAGGGAAAAAUCUUACAUGGGGGAAGGGGGAGUUUAAAAGAACAGAAAAAUUGCUUACGUAAUUAGUGCGCGGUCCCUUAGGUCUGGGGAAGCCUUCGGGCCGAUGCCCACGUAGCGGUUUUUCAAUGCCACGGGCACGCAGCGUUAAAAUUACGCUGGUGUGCAUCGGCGUGAUGACGCUGCGUUACCGCUUUUCCCGUUGCACACCUGCGUCUUUUUGACGCCACGUGCACUCUACGUUGAAAUGACGCUACGUGGGCAUCGAGCCUUUACUUGCCAAAACCAUGCAUAUACAAAGAUCAUGUUCAAUUUUCUUUCAAAUUGUAACUUACAACUUUUCUAUACAUGCCAUUGUAUGUAUCUUUUAUCAUUUAUUAUAACAGCUGCCGAGAGUCAUACAGCCGAGAUUUUGGUAAUGCUUUCAACAUAUAUCGAAUAAACUUUAUCGAGUCAUCGGUACUCGUUAAUCUCGGUAAAUAAUCAUUAUAGCUGAAUUUCCGUGAAGUAAUUGCGGAACUUCGAGAAUUAUCGAAUUUUGGUGUUUAUCGGAACCAAAUUUUAUUUAUUUCAGCUGUUGUAUACUCUGCGAAAGUUUUGGUGAUGGUGGCAAAAUAAUGAAUAGGCAAGGAGUUGCAAAUUAGUUCCACUAGUAAAUCAAAACAACAAUCUCCAGAUUUGGAAUCCAAUCCAGCUUAUUCAAAAUAAAUCGUAACGUAAACUGAAUUCAACUGAGUUGAUAAAUUCACUUGUCCAAUCUAAACUGUUUUUUCUGUGUCGUGCCGUUUUUCUCAACCGCUCUUUGUUCCCGGUCCAUCUCAUCGUGAGUCCAUUAUGUCCAUAUCGAGAAUCCAUUUGAUUUGUGGGACUUGGACGUAGUAAAUCGUCGUUUUCUUCUGGUGUUUCUGGAGGUUCUCUGCUAGUGCAGCAAGUGUGUAAUUACGCCAAAAAAGCCAUAGGUUUGCCGCGUUGCUUUUUCGACCUAACUGCCGACAAUUUGCAUUGUUCAGUUGUUUACACGUGUACGUUGGAGGAAUGCCAUGCCUCCGAGAAGAGCAACGCGCGUUCCCCAAAACGCCACCGUAUAGGCUGCAUUUCCGACGACUGACAAGGUUUUAGUGUGAGGCUAGGAAUUGAACCCAUGAGCAUCCGCUGGUAAGGCAAACGUAUAGCUAACGCUAAGGGUGGCUAAGUGUUCCAUACACUGAGGAUACUGGCCGUAAGAACAUCAUAAGAUUCUCUUUUGAAAUUUCACCACAAGAAAAUAUAUUGAUUUUCAUACGAUUCUCUAAUGAAAUGCAUUUCAUACGAAAAUUUUAUGAAAUAUUUUCAGUUUGUCUAAAAAAAAUGUAACCCGGUUGCGAACCAUGGACGUCGUGAUUAGGAGGCGUGUGUUUACACCACACGUCCACCAACGCGACGCUUCAAUGAAGUAUCUUGUUAAUAAAAAGAUAGAUUUGACCAAAAAAAAAAAAUUUACGAUUUUCCUAGUUCAAUUCUAAUGAAAUAUUUUUAUAAGUUCUGUCAUAUGAAAAUCUUACGACCAGUAUCCUCAGUGUAUAAAUAUAAAUAUACUACCGAGAAUCGCAUAUCUGUCCCAUCUUUGCUGGGUUUCCUAGUGAUUUAUAUGGGACAAAUAUGCUAUUCACGGCAGUAUAACUGGUAUUCAAAAUAAUAGAUUUCAUAUAAUUCUUCGGUAUACCAUACGUCUGUCUGUGAGAGCUUGUUGUCAUUUCAAAUGUCUUUUAUGUAACUGAAGUAACUAAUUGGGCAUUAUUUGGAUUUAGAAGAUAUACCAAAUUGACUUACAUAAUCAACACAUGAAAGCAUAUUCAUGUGGUAUGGUAUGAUAACGUUGAAAUUCUUUGUUGUCAUAAGAAACUUAACAACGUUUAUUUAAAACAUCUUUAACAGUACAUUUAUACAUCAUCUUUCUAAUUAAAUCCCUAUGAGAAAGUGGAGCAAGUUGGCCACCCUAAGCAGUAACCAUUGUAAUAUAGUGAAGCUCCUCCGAAUUCUGUUUGUCCAUGAAUCUCCUUUAUGAUUCAUUGAAUUUGACAUAAGAAUCAAUAAACACUGAUUAAUAAAGUUUCAGUAUCUUAUGAACUGGUUUUAAACAAGGUGUUUUUAUGAUGUCUAUACCAGUCACUGUUUUCGGCUAUCAAUUUGAUUGCUGUAUUCCGCACCGGUGACGUUUGACAGUUAAUAAAAUAGCAGCGCUACCAAAUGUGGUCACCUGUCAGCUGCGCUACUGGUUUAGCAGCGCGUUUAGUGGCGACCGGUAAAGUGUGCACUGCUAAACGACUAAUACUCGUGUCAGGUAAUCCUGCUCUAACCCUUUAAUAGUAUUAUUAACCAUCCCCCGUAAAAUAAAAUGUGAAAAUAAUGCUCGCUCAAGCCAUACUCAUCGUUGGCUGUCUUGCCCCACUUUCCCCUAAUGGUAAUUCAACAAUAUAAAAAUUCUCGCUUAACUUGUCAAAGAACCUAAGUAACAUUUUUUCAUGAUUUAAUUUGAGUAAGUACUGCCAUUGAAAGCUUUCAUAUUGGUAUGUUGAUUAUCAUAUUCAAAUUAAUUCAUGAAAAAUUGUUACUUUUUUAAAAAGUUAAGCAAGAAUUGAUUUAAACUCUGUUCAUAUAAGCAUUGUUCAACAAUUAAAUGGUUUAAUCGUCAUUAAAUAUGUAAAUUAACGGGCAACCAUAAAGUAGGAUUUUACGUUCAUAGAGUUGAGAACAAAUCCCAGCAAUAUAAAUAAAGUACGGUUCAAAUAACGUCAGCUUCACAUCAUUCGCAUACUUCUUACAAUACUCCCACAUCUAAUUACUAAGCAAACUAUGAUACAUACAAGCACCAAAAAAAAUGGAACAUAGAGUUGGAAAAUACGUAGGUACGUGAAACAAACAAAGCCUGGGCAACGGCAAAUAUUCCGUAAGUAGCAACGUUUAGAACAGUUAAAAACUUGUAAUUGUUUAUUUGUUUAUUUGUGUCUAUUGCACACAACUACCCGAUCAAAGUCAGAAAACAUAAUAAAAUGGUGUAUAGAAAACAUAUUUUGACUUUGACAUCCAAUUCAAAUCAUAUUUUGUUUUCUUAUAUGAAUCAUCAUGAUUGAUUACUUAUUUUGAUUUCAUUUUGCUGUUGUAGAUUUCUAAAAUGCAUGAGCGUGUACUUAUUUUGCUAUCGGAAACCAAUAUUAAUAUAAGUUUUCGAUUUACUAUAAUCGAGAGCAGGAAUAGUGUUCGAUUUUAUGUCACAUUAAGAUUUUAGUUCUGUUAUUUUUAACGGUUAAAAUAUUGAAAGAUAAUGAUAAUCGGCGAUUUCACAUCACUAUAAGUUAUCGAUUUGCUCUCAAACUUUGCUCGGGUAGUAAGUGUGGGGGUCAAGGCAUACAUAUUUCAAGUUUCAGGGUAAUUUUACUGUAAAUCAUAAAAAACAUUCGAAAUCUGCGUGAGUUGGAACAAAGGAAGCUGUUAGCCAUGUGAUCAAAAGCGUAGUAUUGCCACAGACAAACAGACAUAACACAUUGAACAUUCACUCAUCAAAUUCAUCGUCGUUCACACACUAACGACAUCUGUUGUUUUCAUUAAGUUGGGCAAAUCACGAACCAGAUGGCGGUAGUGAGCAAACGUCAAACUCGAGCAAAUCCGAUGUGCGCGCCACGAGUGAUCGAUUGGCCAACUAAUUAUUAUUUAAAUUAACCAGUAAAUCAGUGAACGAUGAGAAUUUCACAAGUGUUAUGUCUGUUUGUCUGUGGUAUUGCCAAACCGGCGAUUGAUUCUCGGUCGACCUAGAAUGUUGUCGGGUGGGAAAACAUUCUCGGCUCCCUAUGUGUAAUGUUUUCAUUGUAAUUUGCGACACAAGAUAUGUACAUAUUCAUGCAACGGCAGGUAUAUAAAAGCUUUUAAUUAAUAACUGUGAAAAUGAGAAAAUAACACCAACUGAGGCCAAGUACCAGUUGGAAUGUAUUGCCAUUGAAGAAGAAGAAGAAGAAGAAGAAGAAGAAAACGAAGAUCAACUAAAUUACAAAAAAAUGAACAAUUUCAUCGGCUUUACAUUGAUGAUAUGGGAAUUAUAAGAUGUAGAGACAGUAUCCCUGUUGUUCAAUUAGAAUGCGAGCGUAUCCUCAGAACCAUUUUUUUGUAUUUUAGUUACUAUCAUCAAAUAUGGAGAAAAUUAAUAAGCUCUUUUAGUGGGAUGUCUUCACCUGUCAUAUUGUAAUCUCUACAGAUACAUAAUUCGAACGCAGCUGUAAGGCUGUCAUCAGUGUCUCGUACUUGAUUCGACUAACUCGACUUAGUCGAGUUAUGUACGAUAGACUGAGAACGGCCUUACAGUUAAGGCCGAAAUACGUAUUUGAAAGGUUUCAACGCGGUAGAAUUGAAUUGGAAUUGUUCUUAACUCGUCUUAUGACAGAUAAAUAUAUGCAUAUUCAUACAUUGUAAUGCAAAUAACUAAACUUAAGAUGUCUAGGAAUGUGGUCUACUUUGACAAAUAGCUCAUCAAUAGAUAUUCAUGUUUGUAAUGAUAAGUGUCAUAUAAUUCUAGUUCAUGUAGCUAUGCAAGCGUUAAAAUAAUUGCCUCCAAUUUUAGUGGUUUUUUCAAGUCCGGGUGAAUUGAUUUAUGUUUUUAUAUGUGAAAUCAUGCAGGAAUGUUUUUGUCUUUAUUAACGCAACGUGAAAUACGCAAGUUCAAGGAUAGAAUUUGCAAUCAAAGUGAUUGUGCAAAACUAAAUCAUGUUCGCUCAAAUCACAAAGCACUCCGGAAAUGCUUUGUAUGUCCAUUCAGAAAAUAUAUUUUGAUGUACUUUAUCUA